UGAAAAAACAAAGUGUUAUUUUGCUCUCAGAAACGUGACGCACUAAUUUCACAAACUCACACUCAUGGUCCGUUGACAGUGAAAGAUCAGAGGAAGUGUUACAGCGUUAAACUGCUGAUAAUCAUCUUCCAUUCCUUCUCCUCUCCCUGCGUCUCUGUCUCCCUCGCAUGAAUCACACAAGACACUGAAACAAGUAUGUCCACACUCUGGUGAGAGCUGAAACUCCUGCUGCUUGUUCUGAUUCAACAGAGCAUGGAGUUUGGAGGGACACACACACACAUUACACAUUGUCUGAUCCUCAUCGGCAGUCUUCCCUGUUGCCAAUAGGUCCCGAUUAUCACAAGCCCAGAGGUCUCAGGGCCAAAACAAUUCAAGCAGCGCACACACACAACGCGGUAUCCUGUGAUAGAACCACUAUCAGCACCUGACACCUCGAAAACAGGAAAAACGUAUCGGCAGGAACACAGAUGUGUCGGAGUGUUGAGGGGAGGAGCGUGAGCACGACUAUAUAUCCCCUGUAGACAGAAGUCUCAACUUCACUCAGCUGAGAGAGGAGAGGAACUGCCUCCAUCAUGUCCUAUUAUGAGCAUAUCAUCUUCGACUACGACAUCAAUGACACGGGCUCAGGCUCUGGUUCUGGUGACAUGGGGGGCGAUCUGGAGGAGCCCUGUGAUCUGGAGCACGUGAUGCCUGCUGACCUCCUGCGGGUCUUCUUGCCCGUGGUCUACGCCCUCAUCUUCACCCUGGGCAUCACUGGGAACGGCCUGGUCGUCAUAGUGCUGGGCUGCCAACGCAGGUCAAAGUGUAGCCUCACGGACCGGUAUCGCCUCCACCUCUCAGCCGCUGACCUCCUCUUCGUUCUGGCGCUGCCGUUCUGGGCCGUGGACUCGGCCCUGUCCGACUGGCGCUUCGGAGCGGCCACCUGCGUUGGCGUGCACGUCAUCUACACGGUCAACUUGUACGGCAGCGUGCUCAUCCUGGCGUUCAUCAGCCUGGACCGCUACCUGGCAGUGGUCCGAGCCACGGACACCAACACCGGUGGGCUGAGGCAGCUGCUGGCGCACAGACUGGUUUAUGUUGGUGCGUGGUUGCCCGCUGGCCUCUUGGCGGUGCCUGACCUGGUGUUUGCCCGGACUCAGGAAGGAGGCGAGGGGUCCACUCUGUGCCAGCGGUUCUACCCAGCAGACAGCGCUCCUCUCUGGGUUGCAAUCUUCCACCUCCAGCUGGUGCUGGUGGGUCUGGUGAUCCCAGGCCUGGUCCUCCUGGUGUGUUACUGCGUCAUCGUCACCAGGCUGACCCGGGGCCCGCUCGGGGGCCAGAGGCAGAAGCGGCGAGCGGUGAGGACCACCAUCGCGUUGGUCCUCUGCUUCUUCGUGUGCUGGCUGCCCUACGGAGUGGGCAUCUCCGUGGAUGCUCUGCUGCGCCUGGAGGUGCUGCCCCGCGGCUGCAGCCUGGAGGCCGUGCUGGGCGUGUGGCUGGCGGUGGCUGAGCCCAUGGCGUUCGCGCACUGCUGCCUGAACCCACUGCUGUACGCCUUCCUUGGGGCCGGGUUCAAGAGCUCGGCCCGCAGAGCCCUCACUCUGAGCCGAGCAUCCAGUUUGAAGAUUUUACCACGGAGACGCCCAGGGGCUUCCACGACCACAGAGUCCGAGUCCUCCAGUUUACAUUCCAGCUAGUGUUUGCUUGUGCUGUCUACAUAUAUUUGUGUAUAUACUGUGUAUAUGUGUGUGUGUUAAGGACGUUUACACAAAGUGUUUGAGAAAGUAAGAAGCAGUCUGCUGGCCCACGACUCGUCUUCUCCCUCACCGUGGGGGUUCUCCUGUAAAUACUGUUGUUAGGUUUGUUUUCAGUGCUGCUGUGCUUGUUGAUGUUUGCAAUAAAAUACCCGUAUUUG